UGUGACAUUGAUGUGUUUUACCUUUAGGUUUCUGGCCAAUGAAAUGGAAGAAGAAACAAACUUCCAUGCCGUGAUUUACCCCUGGGGCCUCGGGGAUGAGUUUCUGGUAAAAUGGCAGGAGAUGAGGAGCAAAAAACUGGAGUGGUGGGAGAGGAUGGGCUUCAAAGCCUGGGUGAACAGAUCAUCCUGUGAGGAGGCAAUGGAAGAUAACCCGACACUCUGGGCAUGGAGACGUAAAAGGCACCACAACCAUGGUUUGGCCAUCAGGUUGCACGCAAGACAGAGGGACUACUACUACUUCAAUGUCCCCGAUAUCAGCCCAGCCAUCUGCUCCCAGUGCGCGUCCAAGCCCCCACUUCCAAAGAAAGUCCGGCCAGACAAGGUAAAUUACAAUUAUGUUCUUCCUAUGGGCAGGGCAUCUAGGGGGCAGGGAGUGCCAGAGGUAGGGGCCUUUAGAAACUUGAAAGUCAAUUUCAGGGGCUACAUAGAGGAUAGAGGGUUGAGUUUGGGUGGUUUGCGGUGUGUUUGGGGUAUAAUGAGUGUGGUUGGAUCAAGAGUAUGCUUAGGCUUUUUUUUUUAAUUAGUCCCCAUUCUUAGUUGACACAGCCUCCUACAAGCAGGUCCAGGUGGGUGGUAGACUAAUAACCAGAGCCGCUUUGGGUGGAAGGGCCAAGUAGUAUGACUAAGAAUUGAUUUUUCAAAGUGCAAAAUAUACAUAGAUAAAAAAUUUAUUAUGUUUUCUACUUGCAUAAUAUGUAUGCAUUGGCAAAGAAAUGUGUAUUCAUGCAAUGUGCUGUGUCAGUGGCAAAAUAAACCAGUACAGGUGUCUUAGAACUGAAAACAGUAAGUGAGUAACUUAUAAUGAACAGGACAGUUUGUCUAUAACCAGCUUCUCUAGCUGAUCAUGUACUGAACAUUCUGAAAUUGUGGAGAAAAUAAAUGGAGGACUAAUGUUAUGUCUCUGUUAAUUCUAGGAGUUGCCAUUCAAGGGGAGGAUGAAGAGAAAGCUCCACCCUCAUCCUUUUCAGUGUAACAUCAGUAUUGUAUUAUAGAGUUUAGGUAACUUAUUGCCAUUUUAAUAUUAUUGCUUAUUAUAUUUUAGUACAGGUAUGGGAUCCAUAAUCUGGAAACCCGUUAUCCAGAAAGCUCAGAGUUACUGGACAGCCAUCUCCCAUAGACUCCAUUUUAAUCAAAUAAUUCAAUUUUUUUUUAAACAAUUUAUUUUUUCUUUGUAGUAAUAAAAUAGUACCUUGUACUUGAUCACAGCUAAGAUCUAAUUCAUGAUUAUUAAAGUUAAAACAAUUCUAUUGGGUUUAAAGUUGAAAAUAUUUUUUGUACUCUUAAAGUGGACCUGUCACC